CUGUCAUGGCAGCUCAGUAUAGUAUCGACGCCAAGCGGUCGCGCGUAUUUUCCUGACGCGGUAAAUACAUAUCUACUCAUUUCAGUGGAUGUUCGUCUCCGUAUAUCAUAAUUAACCGAUUUCUGUUCUUGUGUGUAUCUGUGACAGUUGUUUUGGACAAGUGUAAGGUGGUGUGAACUGGUUAGUACCUGAAGGAACCGGUUUCAUCCGGAUUGAACCGCUUGGUAUAAGCUAGGGUCGUGCCACCCGGAGCAUGGGCGAUGGCAUGGCGUGAGAUGACGCGCGUCGCGCUCGCGCUCGCCGCGCUGUUGGCGGCGGCCUCGUCGCGCGCUCCCACCAACGACCCCGCGCUCUUUGAGGCGGCAUUUCAAGGGAAGUGCGGGGAAGGCAGUCCGUGCGAGCAGCUGUGCCGGGAGCUGCACGAUGGCACGUUCGAGUGCGGCUGCGGGCCCGGCUACGUGCUACACGUAGAUGGCUACGAGUGUUUAGAACUCAACUCGACUAAAACAACAGAGAGCUCAUCAGACAAUCAAGAAGAUGUCCUCUACCAGAAAGACGUAUCGUUCUCCGCCGAGCUAGAAGUAGCCCCGUCCAAUAGACUUAGUAGAUUUAAUAUAAGCGAAAGACAUAUCGACAAUGGUAAGAGAAGACUAACAACACUGCCAACACUAAUAGACACCGGUAAAGAACAGAGAGAAUCCGAUUAUACUCUUACUGGGGAAAGAUCUAAGGAAGUAGAUGGAUUGAAAAGUCUUAUAGAAGAUGGAGUGAGCAAAACAGAUCUUAACAUAAUAGCGGAUGAUAAGGAGAAAGACGCGCUGGCAGAAGCGAAUAAAAUCAAAGUCACUACGCUUGGACCUAGUUUAGAGCAAAAAGUGCCGGGCGGCACGCUGUCGCCGGCCAGGACGACGGCCGUGGAGAGCUGCCAGUGCAACACGUGCAACGCGGCCAGCUGCAUAUGCUCCACCACCAAGUGCAAGCCGAAUUCUAAAAUCGUAACUCCUCGUUUCUCCGGCGCAUCUUGGCUGGCUCUGCGCGCGCUCCGCGGCGCGUACAAGCGCGUGCGAUUACGACUGCGCGUGCGACCCGAGCGCGCGCGCGGCGUGCUGCUGCUCACUGGCGAGCACGACGACCUGUCUGGGGACUAUCUUGCGCUGAUACUGAGGAACGGACAUGUGGAACUGAGGUUCGACUGCGGCAGCGGCGCGGGAGUGCUGCGAUCACCAGAACCAGUUCACUUGGGGAGGUGGAACACCAUAUCCGUGUACCGGCAUCGCUGGGACGCCUGGCUCAAGCUGAACAACGGGAAACGGGUCCGAGGCAGGUCCAAGGGUCUGUUCUCCCGCAUGACGUUCCGCGAGCCAGUAUGGGUGGGCGGUGCGGGCAACACCACGGGUCUUCAGAGCAAGCUGGGGCUAGCUGAAGGACUGCUUGGCUGCGUCGACUUCCUCCGCAUUAACGGCGAUACGUACCGACUCGUCAAGGAUGCUGUCUCUACGUCUGAUAUUGCUGAAUGCGCCCCAACCCUUGCUCCAUGGAGACCAAACAACGAAGUAACCAGUGAAACUGUUCCACAGAAACCAAAGGCCAUAGAAAUUCACGGCAUAUAUGACAUAAACGAUAUAGUACACUUCGAAGAUAAUGACAUCGUCAUGAGAGACGCAAAGGAUCACAAUAAACUAGACAAUUCAUUACUACAAUACAAGUAUAAUGAUGUCAAAGCACAGUUUAUUGAUAAAUAUGACAAACAGUUUACUGAUGCGAAAAGAAAUGCCCUUCAAAAUGAUAAAUAUGACAAAAAAUUCCUUUCUGAUAGUAAAAAUGAUGAUAACAAAGUUAAAGCACGAUUUGAUGACAAAUUUAGUAAACAGUACAUUGACAAUAGUAAAAGUGAUGGUCGCAAUGAUCUCAAAGCAAGAUUUAAUGACAAGUAUGAUAAAUUUAUUGAUGACAUAAAAAGUGAUGAUAAAAUUUAUGUCAAACCGCAAUAUGACAAACCGUUUAUCGGCGCUAGUAGAAGUGAUAAAAAUGAUCUCAAAGCUAGACUUGAUGACAAAUAUGACAAAAUUUUUAUUAAUGAUAAAUACGAUAAGCAGUUUAUCGAUGAUAGCAGAAGUAAUGAUUUUAAAAGUGCAAUAGUUAAUGAUGUCGAUAAUGAUCUAAGAAGUGGUGAAAAGAAGAAGGACUGCGAAUGUCAGCACGGAGGAGGAUGUGUCAAUCGCGUCUGUCUCUGUCCUUUGGGAUACGCGGGAGAGAGAUGUGAAAUCACUCUGGAUUUAAAGGUUCCUCGCUUCAAUGGCUCGUCCUAUCUUCGGCUACCUGGUCUUGGUAAUUCAGCGCAAUCGUGGCUUGAUAUACAGAUAACUUUAAAACCAACGAAUGGGGAUGGUCUACUACUAUAUGACGCAGAGCAUCCGAGUGGUGAUGGCGACUUUUUCUCAUUGCAUCUACGAGAUUACUUUGUGGAAUUCGCUUUCGAUCUUGGGUCUGGAAUUGCUCUUGUCAGAUCAGCCUAUCCUCUGGAACAAAACAAGUGGCAUCGCAUAUCGGUCAGCCGAUCUGGUCGUCGCGCGUCCCUUCGCGUGCGACCACACGACAGUCUGAUCGACACGGCACGAUCGGUGACGUCACGUGGGGUCGCACGGCACUUGACUUUGCGGCAGCCGAUGAUGCUGGGAGGUGCUCCGCAUCCUUUGCCACCGAGACUUGCGCUGAGAACGUCUUUUAGCGGCUGUGUUGGAAAGCUCGUUAUAAACGACGAGGAGCUGUCAGUCGUAUCCGCGGCGCUCGGGGGUGUCAACGUCGACAACUGCGAUGAGACACAAACACACAAUAGCACUUGCACUGACACUUUAUGCAAGGAAACGUUAGACCACAUACCUGUAUACCCUAAAAACAUCUCUAUCAACGACAUUCACCACUCAAUAAUAGCGAAAAAAGGGUUCAAGACCAAAUACCACAAAGUGAAAUCGAAAAAACACGCGCAGCACGUUCAUAUAGAGAAAUACAAGAAAAAGAAGUAUGUGUCUAGUAAAAAGCGAUUGCAUAUUCAAAAUGAUAUAGAGAAGAAAAAUGAUAUAAUGACGGAAGGCCCCAUGUACGAUGGACAAACUUACAUGCAAGUGAAAUAUUUGGACACGAAUGAAAUUAAUUGGGGAGAUACGAAUACGUAUCCGAGUUUUAGCGGUAAAGACAGUUUCAUCCAUAUUGACGAUGAAGAGACGAUAAAAAGGUUACUAAGUUACACUCUGGACAUUAACAUCCGGUUCCGAUCAGUAUCCUCAGAUGGUUUGCUCGUGUGGAGCGGCCGGGUCACUCCACCAGGGGACUUCUUAUCUCUUGCUGUAGAGAACUCUGUGCUUGUAUUCAGAUACGAUUUAGGUAGUGGGGAAGUAAUUAUAAUUGCUAAUCACACGAAAGUGGAUGAUGGACUUUGGCAUAGAGCCAGAGCAACGAGAAACAGACAAGCAGGCGUUCUAGAAGUUGAUGGUUUAGGAUCCGUCGGAAAAAUAUCGCCAGGAAAAUUAAAACAACUGAAUACAGAAAAUGGCCUUUACAUAGGAGGUCUACCAUCAAUAGAACUGAAUACCAUGGGCAAAUACAAGAGCGGAUUAAUCGGAUGCGUCUCUCAGAUAUCAUUAAGCGGGGACUUUGAUAUACCACUAUCAUUGUCCAAAUUGCCUCACACGAUCACCAACAAUGUAGGACGUUGUACGCCGUAAGACGCAAACGUUCAUUUAAAUGAACCGAGUUGGUUCAUUUAAAUGAAACACCAAUUACAAUUACAUUUAGUGUGAACAUAAUUUAUUUAUUUAUUUGAAAUUAUAUUAUUGAUUUGAUUAAAAUUAAAUUAAGUUUUUUAUAAUUAGUAUAACAUAAGGCGAAUCAUCAUACAUACAAAAGGUUUUGUAAGAAAAAUGUUAGGUGUUUUAAAUUGCUGAUAGAAAUGUGCAGGCUAGGAGUUAUCUUGGACCUAAGGUAAUUUAUGUUGUAGGAUUUUUGGUAUUAACAUUAGAUCAUUAUGAUGAUUCGCCUUAAAUCGCCUCUUAAGUUAAAUUGAGUUAAAUAAUUUAAAUGUUAGUUCAUUUUCACAAAACUCCGUACUCGACAUAUCAAUAUAUAGAACAUCGGAGGCAAUAAUACACAAUAUGUGUGUGAAAAUGUCAUUGCACACUUAAGCUUAAAUUUUGUAUGGAACACUUUUAGUCAAUUUAGGAAAAACUCUACCAAAAAUUAAGCUACAAAAACAAUUUCCUACUUUCACAUCUAUUUUCUAAGUCUUCUGUAUGACAUUCCUUUACUUCCUUUCAUUAAUUUUCCAUUGUCAAUGGAACUUUUCGAAGUGCUUUACUAUCUAGUAGAUAUGAGAAAAUACUAUUUGUAAUGUUAAAUUAAAUAAAAUUCUAGUCGUACAAGUGAUUUGCACGCGUCUUGAGUUACACAAUUAUCGAUUAGGUUUCAUUUAAAACAUAGGUCACGAUUUGUUACGAUGAGAGUGUAUUUAUAAUAUAGUUUUAAGUACACAUACCUAGCGUUUGUAUAUCGGAAUUUUCAUAUGAACGUGGUUUUUAGAAGAAUGUAAGUAGCUCCUAAUACAAUAGCGUUAAAAUAUAUAAAUUAUUGAGCUUUUAUAUUAAGUGUUAAGUGUAAUUUUGCUUUUUUUUCGCGUGGUUGCUUGUCUGAAUAACAAACAAAACGUCAUUAGCACCAUUCUAGAUUUAUUAAUAGAAUAUAUCUCCUGUAGAGUACUUUCAAAUGCGCUUUAUAUGUAUUUACAUAGUGUUAUUUAUUUCAUGUUCACUCUAUCAGUAUAUAAAAGUAACUUCAUUGAUUCAUAUAAUACUAUUUAUAGUUAUACAAUUUAUUAUUAUUAUAUACUUUUAAUUAGAUACGUAAAACAAUAUAAAGCGAUGUAUAAAAUAGUUUUCAGACCAAAUAAACAAUAAAUUAGCCUGUAUAUUUCCAAACUUAUAUUAAUUAAAGAAAAAGAUCCUUUUAGGAUAAUUUGUGAAAAUAUUAAAUUUUAAUUAGUUAUUAUCUAAUCAAUUCGUAAUUCUGGAAUGAACUAUCAAACAUAUCCCUACAAAUUUCCAGUUUCCCUAUUCAACAAUUACAAUAUCCCCUUAUAUGGGAUUUAAUUUUAUCAAUAAUUUUUGUCAAUUAGAUACUUUACAGGGUUAAAACUUGUUUAUAAAUAAAGUAAAUUAUCUUAAUUAACUUCGUUAUGGUCUCAGUCUAAUUUCUUUAUUUCCCUAUUACUUUAGAAAAAUAUAGGUAGGUAACUACCUACCUUCGUAAUUAAUGUCAUUUUUUUAAUAUUGGACUUGUUGCUUAUAUAUUCAUUAAUAUUUAACCAAUAAAAAAAUAUUACAACGCACACUGCUAACGUACCUACAUAUAACAUCAUAGAUUUUCAAAAAAAUACCUACCGCAUAAUUUUUGGACCUCCAUAGGUGUCCAUAGGUAGGUAAUAUCUAGAAAUUUUAAUAAACAUAAAUCAGAAUAAGCAAAGUAACAAUACAGAAAAUUUAUCAUUAAUUGGUUUAAACUUUCAUUCAAUUUCAGAGAUUUAAUAUCAUUUGCAUAUAAAUACCUAUUAGUAUUCUUGGAACAGUUUAAGUUACGUUUAAAUGAACCACUCCACAUUUCAUUUAGAUUUAAUUUUAUAUGAACCCGAAAAUAAAUUAAUAAUACCUAAUGAAACACAAAGGAAAUUAAAAUAACUUUGUCUAGUCAGUUUGUUUAUACAAGUUUUACAGAGUUUUGUAAUGUUUACAAUAAUAAUUAUUAUGAUCUCAUUGUAUUUUAAUUUGUUUUGAGUAGAUUGUGUAAGGAUUAUUUUUAGUUAGUACUUGUGACAUACGGAUAGCUUAGCGUUAGUUUUGUAUGUGAGACCUGUCCGAUGUAUUAUACGCCGUUAUUUGUACAAAAUUAUAUCAGUAAAAUAUAAU